AAUUUCAAAAUUAACAAAAGUAUCGAUUUGUCAUAACCGACUUUUGACUUUCGGCCUAAAUCUGCGUUUGUUGAUGGAAAAACUGCUAAAUAGCCAAAAAGAAUAUACUGUAUUAACUUCUAAAGAUCUCUGAUGUUAAAUAAACUGUUUUCUAUUAUCAAGUUCCGAAUAAAAAAGUUAUCAAAAACUAGUCUCCUAGCAAGAAAUAGUUUCCUAUCCAAAAUACAGUGUUAGCAAAUGCUAAAGUUGCAAAAGUAAAAACCUAAAUAUUUUGACGAGGUGGCAAUAUCGAUAUUUUUCAUGCAUCUCUACAAUCAAAAUUAACGGCGGGAAUGGAAUUUUGGCGUCGCUUGUUUUUACCGAUCGACGAAUUUGAGUUUAAAACACGGAUCAAUUGAUAAAUUAAACAAAUCAAUAAUGGAAUCACGUCUGCCAAAGCCAUCUGGGCUGAAGAGGCCAAUGUCUGCGAUAAAACAAACUUUACCAACUGAUCGCAAUAAAGCGCUGAUGAACAACAUGAAUGCAAAUACAACAUACAGCGGCCCAACAGCUCAGCCACUUACCAGAGACUUGCAAAACAUUCCUCAAGCAUCCCUGAUGCGGCUAGGCGCUCGCGCCCUUUCACCGGAGCCGAGGAAACCAAUGGGCAUGCAAAAUAGGUCUAAAUUGCGGCGUAGUCGCUCUGCUUGUGACAUCAGCGAGAUACGGCAAAAUCUCAAGCGGAUCGGUGCACCUAAUCUGUCAACCAUACCGUCAAAAGUAACACGGCAUGCCAACAGUACAAUGACUGCGAAUACGGCAACGGGCUCAGAGUCAACCACAGGUAUGUGUCGCACUGCCCGUGCAGGUUCGGCACCAGCCAGGCGGCUAAAUGUAGCAGCAACAGCUCCGGCAGCGACAACGCGUCCGUUGCCGCGGACAGCUGCGUCGACGAACAAAGCUAAGCCAGCUACGGGCACAGCCGGUGGUGGUGCAGCAACUGCUGCACCUAAGCGCAUUGCCCCUUAUGACUUCAAGGCACGCUUUCAUGAUCUACUGGAGAAGCACAAAGUGCUUAAAUCCAAAUAUGAGAAGCAAGUAGAUGACAUGGGGGAACUUGAGUCGCUGCCCACGCAGCUGGAGGAAUCUCAAACGAAACUUAUUCAAACGGAGUCAAUGCUGAAACAUACUCAGACAGAAAAAGAGUGUCUGCAGCGGCAAUUAAAACAACAAGUAGAAAGGAUCGAGACAAUAACUAGCACGUUGGGUCGCACAAAGGAUGAACUAGAUCAGUUGAAGGUUGCGCAUCAGAGUAUCAAAACCGAUCAUGACAACCUCUCCACAGAGGUGUUGGAUCUGCGUCUUAGGAAUGAGGAGCUGAUGCGCAGCAAUGAGCAGUUGGCUGCUGAUCUGAGCACAUGCAGGGAGCAGCUGUUCCAGUCGAACAUAGAACGAAAAGAACUGCAUAACACAAUUAUGGAUUUACGUGGCAAUAUACGAGUGUUUUGUCGUGUGCGUCCGCCGCUUGAUUUUGAAUUGGGACGUUUGUCCUGCAGUUGGACGUACCACGAUGAGGCAACAGUGGAGCUACAGAGCAUAGAUAGCCAAGCGAAGAACAAGAUGGGCCAACAGAUAUUCACGUUUGACCAGGUGUUUCAUCCAAACUCAACACAAAACAACAUAUUUGAAAUGGUUGCACCAUUAAUUCAAUCUGCCCUGGAUGGCUAUAAUAUAUGCAUCUUUGCCUACGGCCAAACGGGUAGUGGAAAAACAUAUACGAUGGACGGCGUACCCGACAAUGUGGGCGUUAUACCACGUACAGUUGAUCUGCUGUUUGACUCCAUCAAAAACUAUCGCAAUUUGGGCUGGGAAUAUGUUAUUAAGGCGACUUUUUUGGAAAUAUAUAAUGAGGUGCUUUACGAUCUGUUGAGCGACGAACAAAAAGAAAUGGAGAUCCGUAUGGCCAAAAAUUCCAGCAAGAAUGACAUAUAUGUGUCUAAUAUAACUGUGGAAACAGUCACGGAUCCCAAUCAUUUAAGACAACUCAUGGAAACUGCCAAAAUGAAUCGCUCCACGGCUUCUACGGUGGGCAAUGAGCGCUCGUCACGAUCACAUGCGGUUACCAAGCUAGAAUUGAUCGGCCAACACGCAGAGAAGCAGGAGAUGUCUGUGGGAUCGAUUAAUCUGGUCGAUUUGGCUGGCUCAGAAUCGCCUAAGACCAGCGUAAGAAUGACGGAAACCAAAAAUAUAAAUCGCUCGCUCUCUGAGCUAACAAAUGUUAUUUUGGCGUUACUCCAAAAACAAGAUCAUAUACCCUACCGCAACUCAAAACUAACACAUUUGUUGAUGCCGGCGCUGGGCGGAAAUUCUAAGACCCUGAUGUUUAUUAAUGUAUCACCGUUUCAGGACUGUUUCCAAGAGUCAGUCAAAUCGCUGCGCUUUGCUGCCUCCGUUAAUUCUUGCAAAGUGGCCAAGGCAAAACGCAAUCGUUACUUGAACAAUUCCACGGCUAACAACAGCAGUUGCGAAAAGUAAAUACUGGCA